UGUGAGAAAAGAAAAGAAGGGGAAUGUAGCUACGUUUUUCAUUUUUGGCCAGCUGUCUACAAUAUAUAUGCCGUACAAAAGAAGUUUACCGACUAAAACGGGUUAAUCUCGUCUUGCAGAUGCAUGCAUGCGGUUGCAGCUGCUUGAGGCGCAUCGCGCUAAGGGAGCGUCUUUAAAGCGAAACAGGAAGGAUGCCUGCUGCAGAAACCAGCCAUGCACAACGUGUUCUUUCUUCCCUAAACCAGCAGAGGGCAGUAGGGAGAUUCUGUGAUGCUGUGCUUAAUUUGGGAGAUGAGGCGCUUUACCUGGCUCACCGCAACAUCCUCGCCUGCUUCAGUGAUCUGUUUAAGGUGUCGGUCUCGAACCCAACUUCCCAAACAGAGUUCUGCCUGCAGGGUUGCCCCAGCGACGGCCUGGAGCUGCUUCUGAACUUUGUGUACACGGGAGAGCUGAAGCUGGAAGUGAAUAACUUGCAGAAGGUGCAGCAAGCAGCAACCAGCCUGUGUGUGCCUGAGGCCCUCGCUCUCUGUCAGCAGUUCCAGGUCAACUCUGGGGACACUGUCCCUUUUAAACGGAAGAGAGGUCGACCCAAAAAAUCUCAGACAGAUGCUGUCAAAGAAGAGAAAUCUCUGAUGGUCCCAGCAGAAGAGUCCAGUUUUGAUGCUUUUGCAGCCAGUUUUACCAUAGUGGAUGCUGCUGCUCCCACCACCACCACACGUUCCGGUCGAGUAGUGAAGGGCCCUAAGAGACUAGUGACCGCUGAUGCAAGCCCCACGUUGGAAUCCAAAGCUGCUCUCACUCCUGUGGAGAAAGUGAUGUGUGACGGUGCUGUAGAAAAUCUGAAAUCAGAUCAGCCAGUUACUGAGUCUGAGGUAACAGAGCUAGAGGUGGACACAAAUGAUUGCAAUGAUAGUCAGGUAACAGGUGAAACUGCAGCAGAGGGGGAGGAGGGAGGAGAUGAUGGCGGGGGUGAACUUGAUGACACAGAUGAGGAGUAUUUACCCCCUGCUGAGUCCAGUUCUACCACGCUGCCUGCAUCAUUGGCACAGAAGUGCAAGGCCCAGAGUAAAACAAACGACAAGAAUGAUGGUGGCAUAGAGGAGGACCCCAAUAAGGGCUCAGCGCAGUGCCCCGUCUGCCUCAAAUCCUUCAAAAGCAAAUAUUACCUCAAAGUCCACAACAGGAGGCACACAGGGGAGAAGCCCUUUGGUUGUUCAAAAUGUGGAAAGAGGUACUUCAGGAAAGAGAAUUUGUCCAUGCACGAGAGCAGAGGGUGCGCCAGAGUGCUGAUGUACAUCUGCUCAAUAUGCUCUUUGAACUUCAAAACGAAGGAAGAGCUGCGAGAGCAUGUUGUUUCCCACACAGGAGAGAUGCCCCACAAGUGCUCAACAUGUAAUGAACAGUUCAUGUACAAGAAGAACCUGACGAUGCACUUGAUGAAGGUCCAUGGGCAUCCCAAGCCACAUGCAUGCCCAGAGUGUCCCAAAACCUUCCUAACUCGGACCGAGCUGCGCGUUCAUGAAGCGGCCAAGCAUCGAGGUGAAAAGCCAUUUGUGUGUGAGGAGUGCGGCCAUCGAGCUUCCAGUCGAAACGGCCUGCAGAUGCACAUCAAAGCCAUUCACAGAAACGAGCGUCCCUUUGUUUGUAACAUAUGUGGCCACGCCUUCUCCCAGAAGAACAACCUCAACAUGCAUCUACGUGUACACAGCGGCGAGAGGCCUUACCAGUGUCACCUCUGUGGGAAAACCUUCAGGACGCAAGCGAGUCUGGAUAAGCACCACCGUACCCACACCGGCGAGCGACCCUACAGCUGUGACGUCUGCGAGCAGCGCUUCACUGAGAAAGGCGCUCUGCUCCGCCACAAGGCCAGUAAGCACGAGGAGGGCCGGCCACACUGCUGUUACAUCUGUAGCAAAACAUUCAAAGCACGGGAGCAACUACGAGUCCACCUGCGCCGCCACAAAGGCAUGAGGAAGUUUGAGUGCACUGACUGCGGCUACAAGUUCACCCGGCAGGCACAUCUUCGACGACAUGUGCAGAUCCACAAACGCACAGAGAACUACAGCCCAAGGCAGAGGAAGCUGAGGAACCUCAUAGUGCAGGAGGUUGAUGGACGUCCUGCUGGGAGCGAAGACACUAAAUCAGCUCAGACCACCAAGUCCAACACAGAACUGGCAGUCGGCCAGGAAGCCGCCAACCCUGACUCAUCUCCAGGCAUCGGCCCUGGCUGCAUCGUCAGGGUUGUAGUAGAGUCACAGGACGCCAGGAUGGAGGAGGUGAGGUCUAAUCAGGAGAGGAAGCGUAGUGAAGGGGUGGAGAGUUCCACUGUGCCAGAGGAGCUGCAGGAAACUCAAUGAGACGUACGAGUCCACGAUGGACAUGGAAGAAUAACCUCCCUGUAUUUGGACCCCAUAUUAAUUUACACUCCUUUCAGUCACACUGAGUUUUGUAACAGUGUCAGUGCCAAAAAAUAUAAGAUAAUAUGAAAUCUUAGAGUACAAAGAAACUUCCCUGGGACAUUCAACAAAAUGAAAGAGCUGCAUGCAAAACAAGGUUGUUGCUAGGGCAACAAUAUUUAUGGGCUUAAGCAUCAUGUCAUCAAUGUAAUUACAAUGGAUGUAAAUCAUCAUGGAUGCAUAUUACUAGUUAUCUUACAGCAUCAGCAGAGUCCUGCUGAGCAGCCAUGUUAUUCAUACGUUUUAUUUGUACAAUAUUUAAUGAUUAAGUUCCAUGUGAAGGAUCUCAUGUAUUCCCUGAAAAAUGUAAUAGUCAGUCAGUCAGUCAUAAAAGUAGAAAGUAAAUUUUCUCAUGGACUUGUUUAACCAGAGCUUUUCUAACAAUGAAAAUCAGGCCUUAUUGCAACAGCAAGGCAGUUUGUUUUUAUCUAGUCCGCUGUUUGGUAGAAUUCCUCACGAUAUAUUUUACUGAUGAACAAACAUGGUUUCCAGCCAAAGGGAUAAGCAUACAGUGACCCAAAAAGUAUUAACACCUCUUGAAUUUUUUCCACAUAGAAUUACAUAACAACCAAUAACAAAUAAAAAUCUGAACAGUG